UGUGGCCAACGCUCACCUGUUUCACUUGAGGCAUUAAGGUCCCGGUCCCACACCUGACAGCAACAUGUCUGACAAGGGAGUCUUCGAUACCAACGUGUUGACCCUCACCAGGUUUGUGCUGGAGCAGGGCAGGAAGGCACAGGGAACAGGGGAGUUCACCAACCUGCUCAACUCCAUCUGCACAGCUGUCAAAGCCAUUUCCACCGCUGUCAGGAAGGCUGGGAUCGCUAACCUAUACGGGAUCGCUGGAAGCACCAAUGUGACGGGGGACCAGGUGAAGAAGCUGGACGUCCUGUCCAAUGACCUGGUCAUCAACAUGAUCAAGUCCUCCUUCUCCUCCUGUGUGCUCGUGUCCGAGGAAGAUGAGAAGGCCAUCAUCGUUGACCCAGACAACAGAGGAAAAUACAUUGUGUGCUUCGAUCCACUGGAUGGUUCCUCAAACAUUGACUGUCUUGUUUCCAUUGGAACAAUUUUUGCUAUCUACAAAAAGAGCACGGACGAUGAGCCUUGUGAGAAUGAUGCUUUGCAACCUGGAAGAAACAUGGUUGCUGCAGGUUAUGCUCUGUAUGGCAGUGCCACCAUGAUGGUCCUCACCACUGGACAGGGAGUGGACUGCUUCAUGCUCGACCCCGCAAUCGGUGAGUUCAUCUUGGUGGAUCGAGAUGUGAAGAUUAAGAAAAAGGGAAAAAUCUACAGCUUGAAUGAAGGAUAUGCGCAGCACUUUUACCCAGAUGUGACCGAGUACCUGCAAAAGAAGAAAUACCCAGAGGACGGUUCUGCGGCAUAUGGCAGUCGAUAUGUUGGCUCAAUGGUAGCUGAUGUUCAUCGUACUCUGGUUUACGGAGGAAUCUUUUUAUACCCUGCCAAUGUCAAGAGUCCAAAGGGCAAGCUGAGACUGCUGUACGAAUGCAACCCCAUGGCCUUCAUCAUGGAGCAAGCAGGAGGCAUGGCCACCACAGGAUCCAUGAACGUUCUGGACAUCCAGCCCACCAAUAUCCACCAGCGAGUCCCUGUGGUCCUCGGAUCCCCUGAUGAUGUGCAGGAAUACAUUUCCAUUUACAAGAAGCAUAACAAAUGAGCAGGCAGAGUCUGGUGCUGAGCAGAGCUUACAAGACUCAAUCAGGACUUUUCUUUCUACUCUUUCCAUCGCUGCACUGAUGAAGGAACCUGGAGCCUCAAUGGACUUAUGACCACCUCACACUCUCGUCAAUACAAACAUUUAUUUAAAUAAACACAGAUUAAAACGA